UAGUGCGGACUGCGGUCCCCGCCUGCCAACUCGCUCGCCGGCGCGCCCGCGAUGUGACUGAUCCUCUGGGGGCAGGCUGGCAGCUCUGCGGACAGCAGUACCUUGGCUUUUUCUAGUACGGGGUUUCUUGUUGAGCUGUGCUUCCCUCCAAGGCGGAGACACGCACCAGGGGCUCAGAGCGCAGCUUUCCGGGGCCGACGGCAGCUGCAGCGCUAGGGUUCGCGCGGCCGGGUGCAGUUUUAGUCGUCGCCGCCGCCCGGUGGUGCGCCCUGGCGAGUGCCAAGGCGCCGGGCAUCGCUGAGCCGAGGCGCCUGGUGCAGAGCAGCAGCGCUUAGUCCUGCAGCCGCAGCUGCCUCCGGCCACUGCAGGAGCCAAGGGGCUGCGCGCAGCCAGAGUUUGCAGGGGUUGCCUUGAAGCCAGUCCUCAAGAACACUCCUGGACUCUUGCAUCCCGAACGCAAGGAGUCCUCUUAUUUCAACAGUCGGGCACAACUUUGGAGCUGUGAAAGGGUGAUUUCAAGGUACUAAUUUAUCUACGUUAUUGUCUGAACUAUUGAUCAUCCAAGUUGGCUUCUGGCUUAACUUGGUGUACAGGCAGCAGUUGUUCAUUUGGGGACUGAGUUGUGUGUCUGCAGAUAUAGCUUCCAAGCUGAAAAACCUCAAGGCGUGAGCUAGUCCAUUUUGAGUUUAACACCACAAGUCUUCUGCCACAGAGACAUCAACAGUCCAAGAAAGAAGAGAGAGUCUUGCCAUAACAACGCUUCCAAAGGACGUGUUGCCAGAAUUUGGGAUACUCUUUUGGACAAACAUUGCUCCAAGUUUCUUUGCAGGAAGACACCACGGCCCUCUGCCCCCCAUGUGGCCACCUUUGAAGAAUUGACUCAUUCCAUCAGCUGUGCCAGGUCCUUUUCCCACCAUGGGACCCGAAGGAAGUGUCCUGAGCGGCGGACAGAUGCAGAUCAUUCUCUGCGGAAGUUUGGCAGCUGUUGCCACGUUCUUCCUCAUCACCUUCCUGGUCUUUCUAUGCUCAAGUUGUGACAGAGAAAAGAAGCCAAGACUACACAGUGGAGACCAUGAGAACCUGAUGAACGUGCCUUCGGAUAAGGAGAUGUUCAGCCAUUCAGCGACUAGCCUGACGACAGACGCUCUUGUUAGCAGUGAACAGAAUGGGGCACUCACCAACGGUGACAUUCUUUCAGAAGACAGUACCCUGACCUGCAUGCAGCCUUACGAGGAAGUUCAGACCUCUGCUUCUGAUCUGCUGGACUCCCAGGACAGCACGGGGAAGCCUAAGUGUCACCAGAGUCGGGAGCUGCCCAGGAUCCCCCCGGAGAGUGUGGUGGACACAAUGCUUACUGACAGGAGCUUGGAUGGGGACCAGGGACCUGGCACAGAAGGGCCCUAUGAGGUGCUCAAGGACAGUUCCUCCCAGGAAAACAUGGUGGAGGACUGCUUGUAUGAAACCGUGAAGGAAAUCAAGGAGCUGGCAGCAGCAGGACACCCAGACAGAGGCCAGGGUGGCAAGUCAAAGUCUGCUUCCACCUUGAAAGAACUUCCGGGGCCCCAAACGGAGGACAAAGUGGAGUUUGCUGAAUAUGCAUCUGUGGACAGAAACAAAAAGUGUCGCCAGAGUGUUAAUGUAGAGAGCAUUCUUGGAAAUGCAUGUGAUCCAGAAGAGGAGGCCCCACCACCUGUUCCCGUGAAACUUCUGGAUGCAAAUGAAAACCUUCAGGAGAAGGAGGAGGGAGAGGCAGAAGAGCAAGCCCCAGAGGGGAGCAGGGAGACCAAUAAGAGAUUUAGCUCAUUGUCAUACAAGUCUCGGGAAGAAGACCCAACUCUCACAGAAGAGGAGAUCUCCGCCAUGUACUCAUCAGUGAAUAAGCCUGGACAGUCGGUGCAUAAACCAGGACAUAAAGCGCUAGAAUCUACCUACACCACCAUUCAAGGUGCCCCUCAGAGGUCUCCCUCUUCUUGUAAUGACCUCUAUGCCACCGUUAAAGACUUUGAGAAAACUCCAAACAGCACGCUUCCACCGGCAGGGAGACCCAUGGAGGAGCCAGAGCCCGACUAUGAAGCAAUACAAACUCUAAACAGAGAAGAAGAUAAGCCCCCCCUGGAGAUUAAUGGCCACCCUGGUCUUGUCCCCAAGGAGAACGACUAUGAGAGCAUUGGGGACUUGCAGCAAUGCAGAGAUGUCACCAGGCUCUAGCAACCCAGAAGACAACUCCAGAGAGCCUGUGGUUAGUAUCUGGGGACAGUUCUGUGGGGAUAAGAAGUGACAUCAAUCUCUGCUAUAUAUGCUGCUUUCGUAAAACUGAAGAUGAUUGCACAUGCCACGACUGUUUCCCCAGUUCCUGAAACUCUGAUGUCCAGACCUGGCUGUCCCCAAGUGUGCACCUGCCUGCCCCGGGAGACACCCCAGCACACGCACACCCUCUCACCGUCCACAAAAGAUCCCAGCUGUCAGGGUUUAUCCCUCUAGUAAGGACAGCCAUGCUGUAGGGAAGAACUACACUCAGCAAGAACUGCACUUCCACCUGCCUGAAAUACUGCCAUUUGGAAGAACCAGGUUUUUCUUCCUGUCUUUUCUUUUCUCUGUCUGCUACCAACCUUAAAAAUAUAUGGCAUGUUCCCCUAUAAAAUCUUCUGAUUUAUACAGUCCAAUCCAAGGAAAUUCUCCUACAGGGCUUGGCAAUGGUUUUCAACAGAGGCGAGAUAGGAUGGGGAGAAACUGGUGUUGCUGGUCCCCACCCAUCUCACUCGUCCUCUUCCCAGAGCUGCAACUUUCGUCUCUGGGAAUCCAAACUAUGCAUAGGUUUGGGGCAGGAGGUCCCUUGAGUCUCUUAGGUCUUCGUUCCUUUUUAUUUUGGUACUGUGCAUCAGCAGCCUUUCCCCAAAGUACUUGAAGUCAGUUUUAGAUGCUUUGUUUUAUUUUUCUAAUCAAAACCUUGGGAACUCGUCAGAGCCUUUUCAGUAUUUUCAGUGAAUAUCGUGGUACGUCUAUACUCCUGAAGCCCAGAGCUCAUUCCUUCCAAACAGAGAGCCUUAAUCUUUAUGUUGGAACACAGACCACAUAAGUGGACGGCAGCGAGGCAUCCAUACUGGAAGGGCUGUGGACAUGGUAUUUCCAGUGAUCGUCGCCGCCCACACCAACUGUGUAGACUUGCAUAAGUUGUCUACACCCUAAGGUAAUCUAAGCCUAAAAUGUAAACAUUUAUUUUUAUUAUAUAAAUUUAUAAGAUGUUUUAUGUUUAAUGCCUAAUUUCUAGAAAGUGCCAGAAAAAUGUAUAUUAACUAUUUUGAUUUUAUGUACAAUGAUUUAUACUCUCAUUUUGAAAAGACACCACAAAGCACAUAAGCUAGAUAAUGACAAGUAACUGUUUUUUUGUUUGUUUGUUUUUGGUAACAAACAUUUAAAACUUUGAAGGUUUUUAAAGACUCAACUUCUCAAAUGGUACUUGGAACUCUCCUCAUCAAUAACCUACAGCAGUUGUGAUAGGAAUAAAUAAUCCAUUUCAGUGAUUGUGGGGGGGCUACUGAAAUAUUUGAAAUGGUGAAAAAGGAUGGAAGAAUAAAAUAUGACAAGGAGUUAUGAACUUCCUAAAAGUAUCAUACUUUAAUAAAGUUUAAUAGCAUUUUUAAAGAAAACAGUGAUGAAUUCUACAGUCCAGGGCUUGCCAGUACAAAUUGCCUAUUAGAAUUUUUUCCUUCAUUUGACAAAAAUCAGUGGCUGAAAGUAGCUCAGACUAAGAGGUCAGCCUGGUUUGAAUUUAAUCAUCUCUUUAAGUCUUAUAUGGCCAACAUUGGAAAACUUGUUCACUUGUCAUUUGAAGUGCCAUCAAGUGUAGGCUACAGAAGGGGAACCUUCCUACACUGAUUAAAAAAAAAGAAAGAAAGAAAAAGGCCAUAAUCCUAUGCCAAUGUGACAUCUGUGACUUUAAACAUUUAAUAAUCUUGCUGUUUUCCUUCCUUAUGAAGAAUGCAAUUGGGAAAAUGAAGCAUCUUGAAAAUGUAGAGACCAGCCCGCUGGUAUGUGUCCCUCUAUUUGUAGAUUGGUUUUGUGAAGACUUUGUAUUAUACUUUUGAAAUUGUACAGUGAACUCUGUUGGGGAACACUGGUUGAUUGCCAUUCAUUGUCCGUCCACUAAGUCUCUCCCAUGAAGAAGUCAAGUGCAUGAACACAAUUAUUGUUGAUUAGAAAACAAGGGUGGAAUAACCUUGAAUCUCUUGAGAGAAGUUUAUCAGGAAAGUUCAAGGCACUUCUCUGUAUUCAGACCUUUCAUAAGCUCUGCUCUGCCUGCUGAUUUUCACUGCUUUGUAUGAAUGAGUUUGACCCAGCAAUCUCAGGUCACAGGUUCUCUUAGUAAAUGGGAACAGCCGCCUGCACACAGCACGCUGCUGUACCCUCCUCUGUGGGCACCUUCCAGGUCAAACUUUUCAUUGCAUUUCAUAAUAUCUGACUUAUAGCCAGGGAAAUAGGUAUGAUCUCUAUUAAAGUGUAGAAUACUUUCUUUAGAGACAAGUUCAUCAUUAAUGAUCACGUCAUAGUAAAAUUUCAUUAUCAGAAUUUCCUCCAGAAGAGUUCAAAUAUAGGUUAUGCAAUAUAGUCAUAAAAUAUGCACUGAAAUAACUCUCUUAAUUUGAGAACAAGUGGUGAGAAUACGUUGUGAUAGAAAAUAUUCUAAGUGUACUUUAAAAAGAACUCUAAAGCCCUCCUGCAAAAAUUCUAGAAGAAUAUAUGAUAGCACAGUCCAUCAGGAUGGGGGAGGGAGAUGCAGAGUGAACUCUAGGAAGACAGCUUGGCUCUUCAGAGCACCGGGUGUUUUAUUGAAGUGUAUUUAUUGAUGUCUCACCUUUGUUUGGACUUUAUUGUGCAGUUUUUCAUAAAUUUCAUGUCUUUGUUCAAAAUCUGUACUCCAGUCUUAAAGUUAGAAGCCUGUGGCUUCUUUUUAAAAGUUUGAUCUUGAUCUUAAUGCUACAGAGUUUAAAUGUAUGAAAGGUGAUUGUCAAAAACAAUUCACUGUAUAUUUAAAAUUCACCACUGACAUCUACAGUAUGCAUCUAGUUAUAAUAACCUAGGUUAUGUGAAAUUAUAUAAAAAGAUAAUAAGAUUAAUAAAAAUUUUGUGCUAUAAAUCAGAAUUAUAAAUCUACCUUGGUUGAGAAAUCUUUGUUCAGAUAUUUUUAAAGUUUAGGAGCAUUUUUGUGCUGCUUUUAGUAUUUCCCAAGUAUAGUUAGCAGAAAGUUAAUGUGUUAUAUGUGAAAUGUUUAAGGAAUUCUAGAAGAGAGUAGUUUUUGAAAAUGUAUUUGCUACAUAUUUUUUUUCUCCUCCUGAUCUAAAUUACAUCAUUAAGUCAGUUAAAGCUUUUAAAGAUACCAGUAUUCUUUGUGGGGGGAAAAGGUUAAUCACUGAUUUAUCCACCAUCAAAAUCCCAGAGUUAAUUCUAAUUGAGUUCUAAGUUAACAAUAGGUAGUCAAAGUAUGAAAAUUUAAUCUUAGUAUGUCACUAUAUCUAUUUCUUUUAUUCAGUUUUCAAAUUAGAACGUUACUUACCUUAAAUUACUUACCUUAACUUGGAAUAAACUACACACACACACACACACACACACACACACACACACGUAUGUAUUGUUGCUCUGCACAGCUCUGGUGCUUGAUUAAUUAAGUAUUUAUCAUAUGACUAUGAUGAACUCUUGGUCAUAAAAAACAGGAUUACAAGAAACAGUCCUCCAAUAGUUUGCAUUUGGUAAUUAAGAGAAAACCUUCUAGAGUGCACCUCAUUUAAUUUCUCUAAUGAAUACAUUCAGAUUUUAAAUUAUGUCUAUAAUUCUCUUGGCUGAAAAACAGUGGUAUUUUAAGAUUUCAUUAGACAUGUUCUGUCUGAGAGGAAGAAAUGUACAUAGGUGUGCUUCUCAGAUAAGUGUGUGAGAAGAGAUUUGGUCAAAAGCAUCAAGUGAAUGACCCUGAGCCAGGAUGGAGCCCAGGCCAGGUGACUCCCAGUGUCCCAGUACCAGUGACUGGUUACCUGGUGGUGGUGAUCUGUUUUGUUUUAAAACCCAGAGGUUUUUAUAGCAGAAUCAACAUCAAUGUGAUAUGAUAUGCAAAACAGCCCUGAGAGGACACCAUGGCUAAGAUUACAAAGCUCCAGCUCAAGAGUGAAUUAGAAUUGUGUAAAUGAGUGACAUUUUUUCAACAUUCCUUGUAAUAGUUAAGUCUGUGUACUCUUGUGAUGCUGUUCUUCUAAAAGUAUUGAUUUCAGGUACCCAGCCAAGCUUUGUCUGCUGGAAGCACAGUAGAUACUGAUGGUUAUUUCCUGGAAAUCUUGACAGGCUUAUUGUACUGUGUUCACUGGGAAAAGUUAAAGUGUAAUGUUUGGUGUUGAGAAGUGACUGAUGUGAAAAUAGGAACAUGUGUCUAUAAUAUCAAAUAUGGCUUUAUUUGCAGUGGAGUCUAACUUCCUUAUCUUGUAGUAGCAUUUCCUUGCUCUGUGUUAUAACUUUUUUUAAAAUCCAUUAUUCCUUGCAGUGGCAUUAGACAAGUUGAACACACCAAGACUGAAAGUGUUCAACUUAAGAGAUCAAUCCAGGAGCCCGGAUGAGUUAGAAUUUUUAUCUGGAAUUUGCAUGUGAAAUUUUAAAAUCAUAGUCCAGAAGAGAACAAACAUUAUGUAAUGGUGUUGUUUUUAAUCCCUUUGCUCAUUUUUAAGUCUUGAUCACAUCUAAUUUCUAGUAUUUCUGAAAUAUUUCAUUUAUUUUCAUGUUCUUUAAUGAAAAAUUAUAGUUCAAAUUCCUCAACAUGUCAGACUUUUGAAAUGAGAAAAAUGUUGUUGUUUGUUUAAAGAUUGUUUUUAAAAAUCUGAUUUGGAAUUCAUUUAUCUUAAAGCAGAAAGAUUUUUCUUUGCUUGCCACUUACAUACGAUGGGUAAUUUUCAAAAAAGUAUUGUGCUACGGUUGUUUUGUAUCACCUAUGUAAUGUAUUGUAAAGGUGGGUGAUUAUCAUUCCUCAGAUUUCUGUAUGUUAAAUUAUCAACAGUAAAAUGUUUUAAUGUUGUUAUCUUUUAGAUACUUGUGUUAUGUUAACAUGUCUCAUGUUUUCUGGAGGAGAUUGAAAUAUAGCCCCCUGCCCAAAUCUGUUAUUUGUAAAUAAGAAUUAUCAUUUCAUUGUUCAUGCAUUUUUUUUCCUCAUAAAAAUGGUUACCCCAAAAGUGACAUACUAUCUAAAGGGUGGACCUGAUCAGUUGAGAAUACUCCCCCUUACUCAAAAAAUAGUAAAAUAUAAUUUCUGAAACUUAA